AGUGCCCGGAGGGGCGGGGAGAGGGCUGGGCUGCCGCCGAGGCGACCUUCCUCCAUGCGGCGGGGCGAAGCGGCAUGGCCGAGGCUCAGCAGCUCCGCGUGCAGGAGGCCAUCGACGGCAUGGUGCAAGGGCUGGAGCGAGAGAACAUCCGGAAGAUGCAGGGAAUCAUGUUCCGGUGCAGCGCGACCUGCUGUGAGAACAACAAGGCCUCUAUGCAGCAAGUGCACCAGUGCAUUGAGCGUUGCCAUGCGCCCCUGGCUCAGGCGCAGGCCGUGGUCACUCAGGAGCUGGAGAGAUUUCAGGACCGGCUCGCCCGCUGCACGAUGCAUUGUAAUGACCAAGCCAAGGACUCCUUAGAUUCAGGGAGCAAAGAGAAGCAGAUCAAACUGCAGCUGGACAACUGCGUGACGAAGUGUGUGGACGACCACAUGCUCCUCAUCCCCAGCAUGACCAAAAAGAUGAAGGAGAACUUGGCCAGCAUUGCCCAGUAAACACUCUGGCUUUGCGGAGGAACGGGAAAGGGAGAUAAUCAAUUAAAAUUAAGAUGGGCACCAUUACCCUUUCUGGAAACGUAGAAAGCAAACAUAGGGUAUGUCCAGAAUGACUUUUUUAUGGUGUGACUAUAUACUCGUGGCCUCCUGAAGUGCUUGAGAAUUUAGGGUUUGGUUUGGGAGAAAGGCUGCAGAUUGUCAGGUUGUGUAAAAGGAAAAAAAAAAAAACGACAGGCUCCUUUGGCAUCAGUGAUGUGUGUGUCAAACCCUUUUGUUGUGGUUCUUCCCCACCUUGUAGCAAUGUUGGGUGUGGGGAGGGGAAUCCGGAAGGUGCGACAAAGGUAGCUCCGAAAUGUGCUACCUGGUGUCUCAACAAGACAAGAGCCACUGGCUGUGCAUCUCUUUCUUUCAGCUGCCUUACAAAUAUAGACGCGCAGAAGUUCCGUCUCUGUGGUCUCUUCAGAAGGAGAUGGUUUGCUUGGGGCAAACCUGCUUCUCUAUAGCGAUAUUACAUUUUUUGAAAUCGCAGUGCUGAAACCAAAUGGCCCCCAAAUAGGAAUUCCCCAAAGCUGAGUGGCUCCUUAUGCCUUCAACAGAAUCUAGAAUUAAUGCUUCUUCUCGACAUUACCACUUCAGACUCUAGCUAUAAGCUUGCUUGCGCAAAGGCUUCCAGUGUGGAAGAAGAGCAAAUUGGACCCAUGCAUAUGGGGAAGGUUGGGAGAAGUGUGUAGGCUCAAAUUUUCUCGUUGAAAUGCUAGUUUUUGGUGUGCAGGGGAGGUUCCACCGACCCAGUGAGGAAGCGGGCAUUAAUGACACCUCCCCACCAUGCAAAAUGCAGCCUGUAAAGCAAACCACUUGGAUUUUGCUGAUUAAAUCAGAAAUGUGGCUUUCAACGGAUUCUUAAACAGCUCUCUGUGUGUUUUUGUUUUUGCUGGGCACUGGAAUAACACAGCAACGUUUGUUUUCUGGUUUUUAUCUGAAACUCCUCAUUCUGAAAGUCAGCCCCAAACUGAACACUUAUAAAACUUGAUUCUUAAAUUAAAACCUUGUAUUGUUUCUCAGUUUCAUUUGAAGUCUAGGCAUUAAUGCGUGAGUCAUUUCCCAAGUUCAUUUCAGCCGGGGGUAAAUCCUUCGUUGGCCACAAAGCACCCACAGUCCUUCAACACAACUCCCUCCUCUCCUUCCCUGCACAAAGACAAUUGUGAAGAACAUUUUCCCAGUGGAACCUACUGUGGGAUCCCAACCCAAGCAAAAGAAUUAUUCCAUUCUUUUUUCAUUGGCAGCUAUUGACCUGUGUGCUGUAGAAGCAGUGAAUGUAUUGUGGUAAGGCAGGGGAAGCCAGUGUGAUACCCUUUGGAUGUUGUUGGACUAAAGUUCCCAUUAGCCCCUGCCGAAAGGGUGGUGGGAGUUGUAGUCCAAAACAUCUGAAAGGCAGGCUGCCACUGUACACUCCUGUGAGAUGUUACAAUAAGGCAUCUAGCAGACAAAGUUGUCCCUGGGAGGAAGUGGCCAUGGCUGCUUUUGCUAUCUUGUAAUCUUUAAAAUAACUUCAGGUAUAUGACUGUAAAGGUAUAUCAUGGUAAAGAGGAGGUAAGGUUAGGGGCAAACAGCUUUUUUGUGUCUUCCUCUAAGGGAUGCAGGGAGCUGUAGAUGGCUAGAGUGCUGUAAAAUUUGGAUGAAGCUUUGUUUAUGGAACAGCCUUUGAAGACUCAAGUGUCAUGUUCGGGUUUAUGCAUAACAAUUCUACUAAAAGAUGUCGGUGGGACAAGUAGAAUGUGACAUAUAACAGCCCCACCUGGCUCCUCAGCAAGCAAAACAAUAAAUAAUUCCUUCGUACCCUUGCAUUGAAAACAUACUUUUUUGUUUAAUGCAUUAUACGUGUGAUUAAAUUUAUGUGUAUUGAUCAACAGUA